ACAGCAUAAACAAACAUAGUGACUCAAACCUCCCACUGAAGGUGGAUUUCCAGCAACAUAAUGGCCGCAGUUCAUGCCAGUUGGUUCAAGCUCGAUCAAAGAGGAGAAGGUCAAGGAGCAAGAAGCUCACACGCCAUUGCCGUUGUAGCACAGAAGGUGUAUGCAUUCGGCGGCGAAUUCGUGCCACGUGUCCCGGUGGAUAACAACCUACACGUGUUCGACCUAGAGACUUUGACGUGGUCUGUAGCCGAUGCCUCAGGGGAUAUCCCACCGCCACGUGUCGGUGUCACGAUGGCCGCAGUGGGAGAAACCAUUUAUGUGUUUGGUGGAAGGGAUGGUGAACACAAGGAGCUCAAUGAACUCUAUUCUUUUGACACAAGGGCCAACAAAUGGGCCUUGAUUUCACGCGGGAAUAUUGGGCCUCCUAACCGGAGCUACCAUUCCAUGACCGCCGAUGACCGACACGUGUAUGUAUUCGGCGGCUGUGGAGUUCACGGGAGACUUAAUGACUUGUGGGCUUUUGAUGCUGUUGAGGGCAAGUGGGUGGAGUUUCCCUCUCCGGGUGAGAGUUGCAAGGGGAGAGGUGGGCCGGGCCUGGCCGUCGCCCAAGGGAAAAUAUGGGUUGUGUAUGGGUUCUCCGGGGAAGAAAUGGACGAUGUGCAUUGCUUUAAUCUGGCCCAUAAAACAUGGACGCAGGUUGAAACAAGUGGGCUGAAGCCCACGGCCCGUAGUGUGUUUUGCACCCUUGGCAAUGGGAAACAUAUAAUUGUGUAUGGUGGGGAAAUUGAUCCUAGUGACCAAGGUCACUUGGGCGCUGGUCAAUUUUCUGGUGAGCUUUAUGCAUUGGACACUGAUACACUAGCAUGGAAGAGAUUGGAGGACAAGGCCAACUCCGACAACCACCCUGGGCCACGAGGGUGGUGCGCUUUCGCCGGAGCUCGGUGUGGCGGCCGUCAAGGGUUGUUGGUGUAUGGUGGCAACUCUCCUAGUAAUGAUAGGCUUGAUGACAUUUUCUUCCUUGCUCUUUCUCAAGAGCGAGUGAAUUAAUUUGUAGUUUGUAAUCUUGCUUUGGGCUUUUUAAGGGAAUAAAUUAUUAAGUGUGAGAUUAAUUUUCUAAUUGA